AAGUUAUUGAUCCCUGAAUAUUUGUUUAGAGCUACGACGAGAACCACAUCAAAAACUGAGGAGGGAUAUCAAUAGCAGAAUAUUAUACAAGAGUAAUCAUUAUCAUGUUGGUAAUAGACUUACCACCAGAGGUUUUAUUGAAAAUAUUCUCUUAUCUUCACCAACGAGACUUGGUACACGGAGUAAGCCUUGUAUGUGAUGUGUGGAAUGAGCUAAGUUUAUGGCCAAGAUUAUGGAAACAUUUGGCAUUUAAUCUAGCAUAUGACGAUCCAGAUCAAUCCUAUUCGCACUUUGCAAAAAUAAAUAGCUUUGUUUGUACUCUUGUGAUACACCCAACUCAUUUAUAUCAGAUUCUUGGAAAUUAUCUUUUUGCAUUUUCCGGCAUUCAGCUGUCGAACUUGGAAUAUUUACAUCUGACUGAUCCAGUGUCAGGAUAUCUUGUUGAUACCAUUGUACAAAACUUAACAUCUAUAAAAUAUUUCCAAGCGUAUUUUGGUUCAAAGUUUGACAUGCAACGCUGUCUGAAACUUUUAGAAGGAUUAAAGAUGAUAUCAAUAGAUUUUGGUUGGUACGGACCGCAAAAUAUAGACAACAAUUUAAUUAGAUUUCUUACAAAACAGAGUUGCCUUAAAAAACUCGUACUGAGAGGAUGGUACACCUUACGCAGUGAAACAGUAGCUUUGAUUCUUAAUGAUUUUAAUAACAUCGAAACGCUAUAUUUGUCCAAUUCUGAAAUAUCAAACUUAAUAGUCAACGGUAAUUUACCGAUUCCUGGAUUAACAGACUUCACACUCCGUUCGACAAAAUUUGAUGACACAGGAAUUAGCCAGUUAGUCAAACGCGCAACUAAUCUACGUAAUUUAGAUGUCAUAGAGUGCUCAAACAUAACGUUUAAAGGACUAACAGAAAUUUCAAAACAUUGUCCACAUCUAGAAUCGCUAAAAUUUGGAAACCUAACAUUCAUAAUAAACGACAGACUUAAUUUCAGCUUUCAUGCACUAGCUGAGGGUUGCCCGAAACUUAAAACUAUUACGUUUGUUGGAAUGAAGCUUACUUUGGAUGAUGACAUAGUUUGUUUAUUCAAGUCUACAAAGUAUUUAGAAUGUCUAGCCUUGUCGGAUUGCGACACAAUCAGUGAUAUAGCAAUAUGUGCUUUAGGAAAAUAUUGCUCAAAUCUAAAGCAAAUCACUUUAAAGAACUGUCAUAAAAUUUCUGCGUAUGGCAUAAUGUACCUUGUUAAGCACAGUCAAAGGCUUCAGACAUUAACAAUCAAAAGCUGUUUUGGUAUUAAAGAUUAUAUCAAUCAUUCAACUAUAGAAUUAAGUGAUAAAACUGCUUGUGUUGUCGUUGAGGAUGAUAUUACGGGUACAAGACAGAAGACAAAAUUGCAAUUAGCUACCGAGAGAAUUGAUGUGUUCCGCUACAGUGACUUAAGCUAUCAACACUCACAUUUACUUACUCUCGAUAUGACAAAGUGUGAGAAUAUUUUACCAAGGACAAUUCUUUCUUUUGCUAAAAUGUGUCCUGAUAUUAGAGAACUAUAUCUAACAAUGAAUCUUAACUUAAAUGAAGUUGAUGCAUUAUGUAGAAAAGUAUUUGACACUUGCAUAUUUUUGGGGUGUAUAAAGAUAAACGAACGGGUUAUUGAAUUGUCCUCAAUUAAAACACAAGACGAAAGUAUUUGCAUUACUUAACUAAUUAUUGGACCUUUAUUACAAAAUUAUUCCUGAUGACACACGUUGGAAAGAACAUACGACGUUUAUAGCAAAAAAGCCCUACAAAUACACGUAUUGAUGUAUGUUUUUGUAAAUUAGGUUUUACUUACAGUUUUUAGAACGUGUCUUAAAACUGGGACGCGGUUUAUUUCGAAAUUCAAAAACAGAAAACAUUUCUCUGUAAUCAAAGGUACCAGGAUUAUAAUUUAGUAUGCCAGACGCGCGUUUCGUCUACAUAAGACUCAUCAGUGACGUUCAUAAUAUAUAUAUAAAGUCAAACAAGUACAAAGUUGAAGAGCAUUAAUGAUUCAAAAAUCCAAAAAAUUGUGCCAAAUACGGCUAAGGUAAUCUAUGCCUGGAAUAAGAAAAUUCCUAGUUUUUCGAAAAAUUCAAAGUUUUGUAAACAGGAAAUUUAUAAAAAAAAUGACCACAUUAUUGAUAUUAUAACCUGCUGUUUUCCCCACCAUGUGAUUGCGUCUUAUAUUCAUAUGUACAAAAAUGUACCACACACUCUUUUAGUAAAAUAUAUGCAACGGCGCCUGCAAUCAUAUUUUGCGUUCCCUUGUAUAGCCUUCAUUCCAAACACGUAUUAUGAGUUUAAGUGUGUAUGUAUUUUUUUUAAAUUAUUUUUUUUCAUAAUAUUUUUUUCAUUUCGACUGUAAUAACAUUCAAUGUAUUAAAGUACAAUGUCAAUAUCAAUGUUAUUUUAAAUUUCAAUAAGAUAUGAGAUGGGCAUUAAAGAU